AUGGCCGCACGACCCAAUACCUCCGCAGUCCCUAGGAGCAGCUCAGCGCAAGUCACCGCAGUAAUCGCCGCGCUGGUUCUCGCGCUGUCCGCGGCGUGUACGAGGCCCGUCGCGGCGUCGUUCUGCGCCGACUACGUGAAGGCGUUCAAAUCCCCCGAGCUCCCAUCCGUGGAUGACAUCGUCCUCACCGCGUACACGGGGCGGUGGUACGAGAUCGGGUCGACGGCGGGGUUCCGGUUCACGUUCGAGCUGGGGCUGACGUGUACCACGGCCAACUACACGGCCAAGGGGUUGGUCAACGGCCGCAACAAAAUCAAGGUGGUCAACCGCGGCAUGCGCAGCGUCGCUCUCCCGCGUCGCUCGCAGAUCUUCACCACCUCGUUAAACGCCAAUCGCAUCGCCAGCAAUCUCAGGAUCGUCUGUGGAGUCGCCAACACCGCCUCUGCAGCGAGCGCGCAAGCACAGACCCUCCUCUCCGCGAAUGCAGCCACAAACAGCAGCGUUGAAUCCCUCGCUGCAGCUGAUAAACUCGCUGCAUUUGUCACGUUGGUGUCAUCUGAUGCGGAGAUUAUUGACAAUGCGCUGAGGGAUUUCCAGACAGAGGCCGACCAUUUGAACAAGCGCGGACAGGCCAAGGGUUUCAGCGCCUCAAAGAGCAAGAUGCUCAAGUCCAUCUCCAACAUCCAGGGCGCUGCAGGGCGAAUUCUUCAAGCUGCAUUUACUGGGAAGACAGCGGCACAGGGGUUGUCUGGAGCGCUGAGAGCCAUGGGUGGGCAGGGCGCAGAGACUGCUGCGAAUGGGCUGGGGUCGCUGGUGGGAAACACAAGGAUAAUGUUUGCGGCAACCAGCAUUGUGCGACUCGCCACAGUCAUGGUCGCACCCACAGUCGCCAUGGUGCCAUCUCCUCUCAGAAGUCUUUCACAAGGUUUCGCUCGUGGCAAAGCCUUGCAAAGCAAGAAGAAUGCGGGCCGGCUCUCUGUGACAUUCUUUGGGCCGGUGCCAUCAAAGCCCAACUACUCUGUGUUUAACGUGCAAGGAGACCCAUCGGCGGGGCAGUACACACAAGCAACUGUGGUUGAUACAAGUGGAGGCGAGGCCACUAUCUGGCUUCUGUCUCGCACACCUACAAUUCCGCAGUCUGAGAUAGAUGCUGCGUUGGCGCGGGUUACUGAUGCUGGACUCGCGUCCUUCGACACCGUUGACAUUUCGGCUUACACGGGUCGGUGGUACGAGGUGGCGUUGACGGCGCGGUUCCACUUCGAGAGGGAGGUGGGGCUCACGUGCACCACGGCGGAUUACACGCCCGAUGGGACGGUCAAUGGGCAGAAGCGAAUCAAGGUGCUCAACCGUGGCAAGCGCAGCGUUGCCUUCGCGCGGCAGGUACAGGUGGUACUGUCCUCCACUAACGCCGGCCGCAUCGCCACCAACCUCGGGAUUGUCUGCCGGGUCGCGUACAAUGCAGCCAAGGCGAGCGCGCUGGCCCAAGCCCUCCUCGCCGCCAACGCCUCCGCGGACGCCGCCACAAGCAGCGUGGGCGCAAUCUCGGGCUCAACCUCAGGCCCGCUCAUGGCAGCCAAUGAGCUUGCGGCAUCUCUCGCCUCGGUGUCAUCUGACGCGGAGAUAAUCGACAACGCCGCGAGGGAUUUCCAGACGGCGAUGAGUGCAAUGAAUGAGCGGCCGCAGCCCAAGGAAUACAGCAAAGCCAAGGGCAAGAUGCUCAAGUCCAUCUCCAACAUCCAGGGCGCUGCAGGGCGGAUCUUCCAAGCGGGGUUUACUGGGAGGACUGCAGCGAAGCAGCUCAGCGGAGUGCUGCAAUCGCUGGGCGGACAAGAUGCCAAGACUGCUGCCAACGGGCUGCAGUCCUUUGUGCGAAACACGAGGCUGCUGUUCGCAUCCAGCAGCAUAAGCAGGCUCGCCACGGCCAUGGUACCCAUCGUGAUCUCCAUGGUGCCCUCCCCCUUCACCAAAGUGGGCCAGGGCGGCUUCCCACGCGCCAAGGCCAUCCAGAGCAAGACCAAUGCUGGCAAGCUGUUCGUGAUAUUCUAUGGUAAGAAGUCAAAAGAGCCCAACUACAUCAUCACUGACGUGCAAGGAGACGCUUCCAGUGGCUACAGCCUUGCCACCGUUUAUACCUGCUAUCAGGGCAAGACAACGGUUUGGCUUCUGUCUCGCACACCCAACGUGGCGCAAUCUGAUAUAGAUGCUGCCUUGGACCCGCUGGCACAAGACGUGUCGCCCAGCGAUGGCUCGGACGACGUGCCCUUCUGCGAGAAAUUCGUCGAGGAUUCAUCCCCAAAGUGCCCGAACGUCGAGACCGUACCAAAUCUCAACAUGGGCAAGUUCCUUGGCAAGUGGUACGAGAUCGGCGCGACGGCGCUGGGCAUGUUUCAGAGCAAGGGCGAGCUGGGUAUUGCGUCCAUAACCUACACCUACAGCACCACCAAGAAGGGCAAGUCCGGCGGCGCUCUCAGUUUGACGCGCCAGGGCGUGGUGGCGGUGAUGCCGAUGCGGCGCAGCCAGGUCGCCGCGAUCUCCGCCGCCACCACCGUUCUCGCGCAGCAGCUGCGCGCCGUGUGCGGCUCCGCGUCGUCGGUGCGCACGAAGCAGCAGCUGAGCACGUCGUACCUCACGCUUGGUUCCGAAGAGCUCCCGGUCGACGUCAAGCAGUCCGUGUCUUACGGCCUCGGGAGUAUCGAGGGCGCCGUGGCGGACGUGUCGCGGCGCGCGGAGACGCUCUGGGCGGAGCUGGACGACGUGCAGCGCGCCAAUGCGCAGUUAAACCAGCGCGACUCCUUCGCGCUGGUGACGCGGAUGAAGAGCGCGUUGCGAAGCGCGUCAAGCGCGAUUCAGGGGGCGGCGAAGGGGAUCGACGCUAAGCGGAACGAGAUGUACUCUAUCGCUGCCAUGAACCGCGUGAUUGUAGGCGGCGUGACUGCAGCGCAGGGCAGCGCCAAGGGAAAGGAAGCAAUCUCCCUGGCGAUGGCGAACGUGAUGACCGAGUGCCAGAACGGCAGCACCUUCUCGCAGCGCGUGGCGGCGCUUGCCUCUGCCACGCGCUCUCUCACGCCCCUCGUGUCGAGCCUGUUCAGCAGCCCCAGCCCUGCGCUCUACACCACACGCACCACCGCCACCGCCACUCUCAAACUCACCUCAGAGGCUGGGAAGAUGAUCCAGCAGUAUCAGGGCGUGCAGACAGACCACUGGAUAAUCGGGCUGUGGGGCAAUUCUGCUAAGGGGUACUCACAUGCACUUGUGUACUCGUGCUACCAGUCCACGCCAGGCUUAUCAUCAGAUCAAGAUGGCCAGGUCACUGUCCGGCUCCUCUCUAGGACGCCUAAACUUCCCCAGCUUUCUUGGUUAAAGUCGAACAUGGCCAGUCAGAGGAACGUGAAGGUAGCCGUGGCGGUGGACGGCAGCGACAACAGCAUGCACGCGCUGCGAGAGGCGGUGCGGCUCUUCGCGAGCACGGCUAAGGAGUUUCACAUCAUGCACGCACACAAGCCGCCUAAUGAGUUCCGCACGGACUCACUGUUCUCUUGGCAGGAGUACUACAAGCGCAUGGAGCAUGAGAGGCACGCUAAGGCGCAGCAGCUGCUGCAGAAGUGCGCUGAGGUGGUGAAGGAAGAGGGUGGGAAGCGGGGAAUGGACGAGGGCGUGGCGGUGAGUGGCGUGGAUCUCAAGGGCGACCCUCGGGAUGUGCUGGCUAACCACGUGGAGAAGGUUGAUGCGGAUCUCAUGGUCAUGGGGACACGUGGCAUGAGCCUGCUCAAACGCAUGGCUCUCGGGAGUGACCACGCUAGCAGCGGCUCGCAGACUGCACCGAGGCGCCAGAACUCAGUGGGCCCCACCGUCCGCAUUCUCCGCUUCGGGUUCGGCCAGAGCCGGGAGCAGUCAUGGCUCUCGCAGCUCAACCCCUUCGCGUCGCUCCGCUGCUCCGCGUCGCUCGCCGGCACGUGGCAGCUGGUGCGCGACGCCGUGCCGUGCCUGGAUUGGCUGCUGUCGUACGACGUGCGGCGCGACCUGAAAGGCGACAUGGUGGCGGGGCUAUCGGUGGGGUUCAUGAUCAUCCCGCAGGGCAUGGCGUACGCGCGCGUCGCGGGCCUGCCGUCCAUCUACGGUCUCUACACCGGCUUCGUGCCGUGCCUUGUCUAUAGCAUAUUCGGCAGCUCGCGACAGCUGGCGCUGGGUCCGACGUCGCUCGUGUCGCUGCUCGUCAACGAAGCCAUCAAGCAGAUGGCGGACCCGGACUCGCACGACCCCGCGGAGCAGCGCCUGUACCUGGGCCUCACGCUGCUCCUCUCGCUCAUGCUCGGCGCGCUGCAGCUGCUCGCGGGGCUCCUGCGCCUGGGCUGGGUCGUGCGCUUCCUCUCGCACGCCGUGGUGUCGGGCUUCAGUAGCGGCGCGGCCAUAAUGCUGGGACUCAUGCAGAUGCGAUACUUCCUAGGUUACACCACGCGCCACGAGACCAUGCACAUGAUACUGUAUGAUAUCUUCGUCAAUCUCAAGACCACGCACGUGCCCUCGCUCGUUAUGGGGGUGCUGGCGCUCGCCUUCCUGCUCAUCAUGAAGCACCUAGGCAAGCGGCACAAGCGUCUGCGCAUCCUGCGAACCCUCGGCCCCAUCCUAGCAGCGGCCAUGGGCACUGCCGUGAUCUACCUGCUGCGCAACCCCUGGCACAUCCGCGUCACGGGGCAGGUGCCCUCGGGGCUCCCCGCCGCCUUCUCCGCGUUCCCCUGGGCGCGCUGGCGCGACCUCGUGUCGCCCGCGCUCGUCAUCGCCAGUGCGGCUUAUCUGGAGACGAUUGCCAUUGCCAAGACGCUGGCUGCUAAGAAUGGGUACUCUGUGGACGCCAACCAGGAGCUCGUUGCGCUGGGGCUGGCGAACGCGGUGGGGUCGUGCUUCCAGGCGUUCCCAACGGGGGGCAGCUUCUCGCGGUCAGCCGUGAGCGACGACUGCGGCGCCGCCACCGGCAUGGCGGGCGUCGUCUCCGUGCUGCUCGUGCUGCUCACGCUCAUCUUCCUCACGCCGCUCUUCCAGUUCCUGCCCCUGCCCGUGCUCGGAGCCAUCCUGGUGUCAUCAGUGUGUGGGCUGGUGGAUUACGAGGAGGCGGCCUUCCUGCUGAGAGUGGAUCCCAAGGACUUUGUUGUCUGGAUGCUCGCCUUCUGUGGCACACUCUUCUUCGGCAUCCAGACGGGAGUGAUGGUGGCAGUGGUGAUAUCCCUCGGCUUUGUCAUCAACGAGUCGGCCAACGCGCAGUGUGAGGAGCUGGGGCGGCUGCCCGGCACCACAGUGUACCGCACUGUACAGCAGUACCCCGACGCUAAGGUCACCCCUGGGAUUGCCGUCAUCAAAUGCCACUCCCACCUGUACUUUGCGAAUGUGAGCAACCUGCGGGACGUGCUGAGGCGCUACGAGGGGCUCACCAGCAGAACGCCCCUGCCCGCCCCCAGCCAGGCCACCACCCCCACGCGCUCCCCCCCUGCUGCCACCGCCGCCGCCACUCCUGCUGCCAGCACCCGCACCAGCACCCCCAGCCCUGCCCGGUCCUCCACCAGUCCUAGCAGUCUGGCUCGCCGAGCCAGCGAUGGCAGCUUGGACGGCCGCACCAGCAGCUUCAGGAGCGUGCAUGCAGUGGACUCAGCAGCAUGCCAUGCGCUGAGAGAGAUCUGCCUGGAGUACCAGGCGAGAGGGGUGCGCCUGGCUCUUGCCAACCCCAGUGAUGCUGUCAUGCAGAGACUCACACGGGCGGGGAUCCCGGACCUGAUCGGGCGGCAGUGGUUCUUUGUCCGUAUCUUUGAUGCCGUGCAGCUCUGUAAGGCUGACAUGGCGUGCCGGCACGCUGCGGCCUCUGGUGCGCUGCCACCUGGCGGGUUUAUGGUUGCUGACGUGGAGCAGCAGAGGGUGGGGCAGCAACGGCAGCAGCUGCAGCAGCAGCAGCAGCAGCAGCAGCGCAGUGUGCUGGUGCGGCCACGCUCGUUUUCCGAGGACGUCCGGGUGGUUGCUCGGCCUGCACAGGCAGAUGGGCGGGUGGACAGAGGAUCAGUGGUUGGGUCAACAGCAGGGAGGGGUAGGGGGUCAGAGGGCGGUGGCAAGGAUGGGGGCAUGGCAGGGUGGCCGGAGGAGGAGGAGUUUCCUGGCAGCCCCGACUAUGGCAUUGUCAUGCCUGCUGGGGGCAUUGCUGCCGCCGCUGCCUCCACUGCCGCUGCUGUGCUGGCAGAGGCAGGGCCAGGUGAGGGGGACGGGGAAGGUUCAUCGGCGGGCAUGGGUGUGGCGUCGCCUGAGUUUCCACCUCUGGAUGGGUUUGACGCGCAUGCGUUUUCAGCGCCUGAAGUGAUGCAGUCCGAGUAUGUGCUGGCGGAUGCGGACGAGGAAGAGUCGGAGUGGCCACACCCACACAACCGCAGGUUAGGUGCAGCCUUGUUGCUCUGCCACCCACACGCAGUAUUCACAAGUUUAGGGCUUUGGUCGUUGGAAUUCGCGUUUGUGUUUAUCGUCGCUAGUGCAUGGAUGACGGAAUCCACUCUUUGCGUGCCUCGCAUGUCACCCCAUCACCACCGCGCCGCACACUACGGCGACCCCGCCUCCCCGCAUUACGCCCAUUCGUCCCAGUCGCCAGGGCAGUCGCUGCCGCGUUCUGAUUCGUCGCCUUCGUCGCACAUCAGUCGUCGUUCUCAUGUCGCCCCUCGCGUCGAUUCGCCCGUCGCGCCGCUCUUGCUGGCCUCGUCACAAUCCUCCCCUAUGCUCGAGUCGCCUUCCGCCCUUCACGAUAACGUAUCAGUAGCCUGGCCUCAUCAAGCGCGCCCCCGUUCCGAGCCGCUCCCCUCCGGCGCACAAAUGAUCGGGGUCGAGGCGCCUCGACAUCAGAUGAUCGGCAAGCGCCGAAUGCGGGGGAGCACCGCGCCGCGCGUGGUGAUUCUGCCGCCCAUGAAGCAAAUCAAGAUCGAGCCGGCGCGCAUCGUCAGCGUCGACGUGCCUGGCGGAAAGGCUCUUGUGGGGGAGUCGCUCAUCCACCCGGUCCCUCCGCCACCGCACGAGGCACCGCUCUCCGCAUCCACCGCAUCCCCCGCCCCCGUUACGCCGUGCGCCCCCCCUGCGCCUGUUUCCGCCGCCGCCUCAUCCCACCGCUGCCCUCCGCCAAGCUUUCAGGAGCUCGCGGCGCGCACCCCCCGGUACAAGGGCGUUCGCCAGCGCAAGUGGGGACGGUGGGUGUCGGAGAUCCGCGAACCACGGCGCCGAUCGCGCAUCUGGCUUGGUUCAUACUCGAGCGCGGAAGAAGCGGCGCGCGUGUACGACAUGGCGGCGCGGAUGCUGCGAGGCGACGCGGCGGGGAGUCUCAACUUCCCCGACAGCCACCAGGACGUGCCGCUGCCGCCCGCCAUCGCCGAGUCGCUCGUCCGCGUCUGCCAGGAGAUCGCGGAGGACGCGGCUCGCGCAAGCGGGGAAGGUGGCGGAGGAGUGGGGGGAGGGGCAGGGGAAAGGCCGUUCCGUGCGGAACCUUUGUCGUCCGAUUCGUUGCCAGAGGAGGAGUCGGACAGCAAUCCGACGGCUGUGCAGGCAGCAAGCAGCUGCGGCGCGGGUAGCGUGUUCUGCGCGCGCUCCGCGCCCACCACCGAGAUCUCCAGCCACGUGUCGCCGCUCUCCCUCGCUUCCGCCACCCGUCCCGCCACCUCUGCCGCGUUUCGCGCGUCUCCAGAUGUGAUCGUGCUCCCGGACUCGCCACCAGCAGAGACGGCGGAGAUUGAGGAUCGAGCUGAUGGCGACGCGGCAAUGCGCGGAUCGCGCAUGACUCCCGCGGACUGCACCGCUCGCCCGCGCAGCGUGCACGUGAGCAGCAGCGGUGGCUCCACGGAUGACCCUCCUGCCGCUCCCCCUGCGCCCCGCCCUUCACCUCUUCCCUCCACUUCCGCGGCCAACACUACCCCCACUACCGCCACACCUGCCCCCCCCAGGGCUGCUGCUGCGGCUACACCGGGUGUGCCUGCUGGUGCAGCGAGUGUGGCGGCAGCGGUGGGUGUGCCUGCGAGCGCGUCCCCCAGUGCGCGUGCCCCCACGGCAGCAGUGCACGCGCUGGCGCAGCUGCUCUCCUCCCUCGCUGCCCUCGGCUCCGCGCUCUCGCUUCCAUCGCCUGCCGUCCCGCCAAGCAACAGCAGCAACACUGCGCAUUCGCUCGGGAACGACGGCCAGGCGCCAGGCAGCACCAUUCAGGCAGCAGGCGGGCAUGUUCAGGUGGCAGGGAACAACAAUCAAGUGCCCGGCAGCAGUGGGAGCCUUCUGGGCGCGGCAGCAGCACGGGAGCAGCUGAUGCGCAUUCUGCAGUCACCCCUGUUACAGUCACACCGUGUGCUUGCUGCUGGCGGGCAGGGGGGGCCUGAUGGACAUGCGCAGCAGCAGCAGCAGCAGCAGCAUGAGCCGCCUUUCCAGUUCCUGCCUCCUAGUGCUGCUGCCAGCAACAUAGCUGCGAGUGACAUAGUUGGUGGGAACACGCAGGUGCCUCCGCCCGCUGCCGAAUGGCCCGCAUCGCCCCCGCCACCCCUCCACGGCUCCACACCUGCUGGCCUGCUCCGCACAUCCCACCCCUCUCCCCCUCCCCAGCCUCCCCUGGUUGUUCCCCCUGCGUCUCCCCAGCCCCCCUGCACCGCUCCCCCUCCUCAUCCCCCUUGCAGUGCGCCCCCAGCGUCCCCCAGCCCGUACAGCAGCGCCUUUGACUUCGAGCCGCUGCUGCUGCUGGCAGGCGACGAGGGGGAGGGGGAACCAGCAGACUUGUCCGCAGAGAAAUUUUCGCAGUGCAUCAGUUUAGUGACGACCAGACGAGAACACAUCGCCGCCAUGGCUCUCAGAGUGUUCGCGUCGCAGGCCGCCACAUCUUUGAGGGUUCGUUGCCUUCCAGCAACUGAGACCCUCAUCGCUCCCUUCUGGCGAUCCUUCGCUUCUGCUGCGGAGAACCGGAAGUACUUGAAAUCACAUGAAUGGGUCGAAGUGAACGGCGAGGUCGGAACAGUCGGCAUCUCAGAUUUCGCCCAAAAUGAGCUGGGCGAGCUCGUGUUCGUGGACAUGCCGAAGGCCGGCACGCAGGUCAGCAAGGGACAAACGUUCGGCGUGGUGGAGAGCGUGAAAGCCGCCAGUGACGUGUACUCGCCCGUCACUGGGGAGGUUGUUGAGACGAACGAGGAGCUCGGCAGCAACCCUGCUCUGGUGAAUACCUCUCCCUUCGCUGAUGGGUGGAUCAUGAAGGUGAAGAUUGCCAACCCUGCAGAGCUGAACGACUUGCUUGAUGAUGACGCUUACAACAAGCACUGCGAGGCUUCAGCACACUAA